GGGCCUCAAAUAAACUAAUGGGCAAUUUCAGCCCAUUACACAGAGAAGUACCCCCAGAAACCUACUAGGGUUUUAGAAGGAGGCGCGUUUAUAUUUUUAUCUCCAACGCCGCACCUGCCCUUUCUUUCUCCGUCACUGCGAGUGCCAGAGUUGCCGUCUCACUCGCUUCUAUUUACUGGUAGGGUUUUUCCUUUUCUCUGCUUGAAACCAUGAGUAAGCUUCAGAGUGAGGCUCUGAGAGAGGCCAUCAGCACCAUUAGGUCUAAAGCUGAAGAGAAGCCACGCAAGUUUACCGAGACUGUUGAGCUGCAGAUUGGGCUGAAGAACUAUGAUCCCCAAAAGGAUAAGCGUUUCAGUGGGUCGGUCAAGUUACCUCACAUUCCUCGUCCUAAGAUGAAGGUCUGCAUGCUUGGAGAUGCCCAGCAUGUCGAAGAGGCCAACAAAUUGAAUCUGGAGUCCAUGGAUGUUGAGAGCUUGAAGAAGCUGAACAAAAACAAGAAGUUGGUUAAGAAGCUCGCCAAGUCCUACCAUGCAUUUUUGGCUUCUGAAUCUGUCAUCAAGCAGAUCCCCCGUCUUCUGGGGCCUGGUCUCAACAAGGCCGGCAAAGGAAAGUUCCCUACUCUUGUCAGUCACCAAGAGUCCUUGGAGGCUAAGGUCAAUGAGAUCAAGGCAACUGUUAAGUUCCAGUUGAAGAAGGUUCUGUGCAUGGGUGUCGCAGUUGGAAACCUCGGCAUGGAUGAGAAGCAGAUCUUCCAAAAUGUUCAGAUGAGUGUCAAUUUCUUGGUCUCCCUGCUCAAGAAGAACUGGCAGAAUGUUAAGGUUCUGAACUUGAAGACUACCAUGGGAAAGCCAGUGAGGAUCUUCUGAAGAGGUGGUAUGCUUGUGUUCUUGUUUUGGUCACUUUUGUAAGGUUGAAGUUGUAGUUUUGUGCCGCUUUAUGUUCUCCCAUCUUACGAGGGAUCAAGAUUACUAGUAUUGUUAAUUCAGAAAAUUUUUGUUGGGAGACAUUUUAUGUUGUUAUGGACCAUAGAUUUUGUUGCUUGGUGGUGCUUGAUCUUUUGUGGGUUUGGUAACGUUUUUAUUGGAGCCUAGUGCACUACUUAAUUUCGAUUGUUCAGAUUGAGAUUACGGGUGUGUACCCUUUUGUGCAACCCUCACAGAAUUGAUAUGCUCAAUGUAGGUUGGCGAGGGUUAUUUCUUA